AUGGCCAAAAACACGUCUCUCUAUUUUCGCAUCGUGGAGGGAAGGAAUCUGCCCGCGAAGGACGUGUCCGGCACCAGUGACCCCUACUGCAUCGUGAAAGUGGACAACGAGGUCGUGGCCAGGACGGCCACGGUGUGGAAGAAUCUCAACCCGUUCUGGGGGGAGGAGUUCACCCUGCACUUGCCCAUGGGCUUCCACACGCUCUCCUUUUAUGUCAUGGAUGAGGACACCAUCAGCCACGACGACGUCAUUGGCAAGAUCUCGCUGAGCAAAGAAGCCAUAGCGUCGCAGUCCAAAGGGCUGGACAGCUGGCUCAACCUGAGGCGUGUGGACCCUGACGAGGAGGUUCAGGGGGAAAUCCACCUGGAGCUGGAGCUGCAGAGAGACCCCCUGCGGACGACCCUGCGCUGCCAUGUCAUCGAGGCCAGAGAUCUGGCCCCUCGGGACAUUUCCGGCACAUCCGACCCGUUUGCCAGGGUUAUUUUCAACAGCCGCAGCGCAGAGACGUCGAUCAUCAAGAGGACGCGUUUCCCACACUGGGACGAGCUGCUGGAGAUGGAGCUGGAGCAGGGAGAGGUCACCGAGGACGCCAGCCUGACCCUGGAGGUCUGGGACUGGGACAUGGUGGGCAGGAACGACUUCCUGGGAAAGGUGGAGAUCCCCCUGCGUCGCCUGUGGAAGACCCCCGUGCCGCAGGGCUGGUUUCGUCUGAUGCCCAUGGGAACCACGGAGGAGGACGCAGGGGGGAAGCUGGGAGCCCUGCGGCUGAAGGUUCGACUGGUGGAGGAACGCAUCCUGCCCUCCGCGUGCUACCAGCCCCUCAUCGACCUGCUGGCGGAGUCCGUCAUCUCCCCUGCGGAGGAGGACGACGUGAGCCCCCUGACCUUGCUGGAGGACGUCACCACGGCGGAGAGCCGCCAGGAUGUGGCCAUGACGCUGGUGAAGAUCUACCUGGGCCAGGGGCUCGUCGUUCCCUUCCUGGACUACCUCAACACCCGGGAGGUCAACCGUACCUCGGACCCCAACACUCUCUUCCGCUCCAACUCUCUGGCCUCCAAGGCGAUGGAACAGUUCAUGAAGGCGGUCGGGAUGCUCUACCUGCACGAGGUGCUGAAGCCCAUCGUCAACCGCAUCUUCGAGGAGAAGAAAUACAUCGAACUGGACCCGAGCAAAAUCGAACUGAACCGGACCAGGCGCAUCUCCUUCAAGGGCGUAGCGUCAGAGUCGGAGGUUCGAGACACCAGCGUGGAGCUGCUGCAGGAAUACCUGACGUGCAUCGUGGACUCCAUCGUGGGCUCCCUGGCGCGGUGCCCCCCCGUCAUGAGGGUCGCGUUCAAACACCUGCACAGGAGGGUGGAGGAGCAGUUCCCUGAGCCUGAGAACGAGGAUGUCAAGUACUUGGCCAUCAGCGGCUUCUUCUUCCUGCGCUUCUUUGCUCCGGCCGUCCUGACGCCCAAACUCUUCCACCUGAGGGACCAACACGCCGACACGCAGACCGGCCGUACGCUGCUGCUGCUGGCAAAGGCGGUGCAGAGCGUGGGCAACCUGGGCCUUCAGCUGGGCCACGGGAAGGAGCAGUGGAUGGCGCCUCUGCACCCACUCAUCCUGCGCAGCGUCACCGCGGUCAAGGACUUCCUGGACAAACUCAUUGACAUCGACCAAGACAACGCAGGGAUCACCGCGCGUGCCGUCUUCCUGCCCUCGGUGACGCUGAAGGAGGGCUUCCUGCACAAGCGCAAGGCGGACAGCCCCCAGCUGCUCACGCGCUUCGCCUUCAAGAAGCGCUACUUCUGGCUGAGCAGCGAGAGCCUGUCCUACGCCAAGAGCCCCGACUGGCAGGUGCGCUGCUCGAUCCCUGUGCAGCGAGUGUGUGCCGUGGAGCGAGUGGACGAGACGGCCUUCCAGUUGCAGCACGUGAUGCAGGUGGUGACGCAGGAGGGCGACGGACAGACACACAUCAUGUACCUCCAGUGUAAGAACGUGAAUGAGCUGAACCAGUGGCUGUCGGCGAUCCGGAAGGCGAGCAUCGACAACGCGGCCAUGCUGUCCUCCUUCCACCCGGGGGCGCACCGCAGCGGCAGGUGGACCUGCUGCCAGCAGACUGACCGCACAGCUCAGGGCUGCAGCCGCACACACUCAGCAGUGACCCUGGGUGACUGGAGCGAUCCCCUGGACCCCGAUGCGGAAGCACAGACCAUCUACAAGCAGCUGCUCCACGGGAGGGACGAACUCAGCGUACCCAUGUUUACCGUGCCCUGUGCACCCACCCCGACCCCCAACCCCCCCAACCCCCGGCUGUGCGGCAAUAGGAGCCAGAACCAGGACUCCUUGGAAGCGGAGGCGGCCGUCGCCGGGAAGAGAUCGAGUUCCGCUCUGUCCUCAGAGGGCGCCGAGAGCAGUCAGCACUUGCGUGCCGAGCGGAGGUGGGAGGUGGUGUCUCGCCUGCUGGCUGUGGUGCAGGACCUGGAGCAAACUCACCUGGCCUUCCAGCGCAGGGAGACGGAGGACGCUGCCAAUCACAUCCUGCCCCCCUAGAUGGGCGGGACGAGGGGCGCCGUUCGGGAGGGGUAGCUUCCCCGCCUCCGCCGCUUGCUGCCCCCACCGCCAAGGUCCAUGCAUCGGGCUCUUGUUCUCGCCGCUGUGUCUGAGAAGCGUCUCCAGGCCUCCUGCUUUUCUUCAGAGGCGCCUCCCGAACAGAAGGGGGCGCUAAGAGAGUUUUCGUGCUGCAGAACUUUUGCGUAGAACCCGGGACCUUCCGGCUGGCGCCUGGAUGUCCGGGCGGGACCCGCAAGGCACCACCAGUCUGGGGAUCCGCUCGGGGCGGCACCGCAGCACCAG